AUGGCGUGGCAACCGGCACCCGAGUCUUUGCAGACUCUUAUUGGGUGUCUGAAGGACUCGCACAAUGGCUUUGACAAGGCUGCCCAGAAGCAGGCCGAGAUUAUGCUCGGUCAAGCCAAGGCGUCGCCCGACUUCAACAACUACCUGGCGUUUAUCUUCUCGAACCCUGCCCCCCCGGCCGGUGUCAGCCUCACCGCGAGCGAUUACGGCAUUGUCCGCAUGGCUGCCGGCAUCAUGAUCAAGAACACCGUCAAGAACGCAUAUAAGCAGACCCCUGAUGCCACAGUUGCUCUCAUCAAAGCUGCGGUGCUUCUGGGCCUCCGCGACGAGAACCACCCCGUUCGCAACUAUGCCGGCAACAUUGCGACCGAGAUCAUUCGCCGCGGCGGAGUGUACGCCUGGCCUGAGCUGCUGAACGACCUCCUCAACAUGAUUGGGAACACCGACGGCCACACUACCUCUGCCACCCAAGAGGCGGCCAUGUCCGCCAUGUACAAGAUCUGCGAGGACAAUGCCAAGCUCCUCGACCGCGAGGUCAACGGUCAGCGGCCGCUCAACGUUCUCCUGCCGAAGCUCAUUGAGGCCACGUCCAGCCCCCUGCCCCGCGUGCGCGCCCAGGCAUUGACGGCUCUCGGCGAGUUCAUCCCCCGCAAGUCACAGGCUAUGCUCGCCAACAUCGACGCCCUCCUCAACCGGCUGUUCCUCCUGGCCCCGGAUGCCAACAGCGAUGUGCGCCGCGAAGUCUGCCGUUCAUUUGUUCUCCUGGUCGAGUCACGCGCCGACAAAUUGACUCCCCAUGUGGCGGGUCUGGUUGACUACAUCAUUGCGCAGCAGCAAAAUGAGGACGACGAGGACUUGGCCUGCCAGGCUGUGGAGUUCUGGCUCUCUGCCGGCGAGCACGAGGACUUUUGGAAGAGCAUCGGACCUUACGUCACUAAGAUCGUGCCCUCUCUGCUCGAGGGCAUGGUGUACAGCGGCGAGGACAUUGCUCUGUACGGCAGCGCCUCUGAUGACGACGAGGAAGAUGACCAGGAUGAGGACAUCAAGCCCCGCUUUGCCACACGGAAAACAAACCGGAACGCCAACGGAUCCGCAAACCCUUCCGGCGACUCGGCCAAUCAGGGCAACAACGACUACGAAACGCUCGGUGGCAUGGACGAGGACGAUCUCGAGGACGGCGAAAUUGAGGACGAGGCCGGUCUGGACGCUGACGAUGGCCUCUUUGACGACGGCGGCGACUCGACCUGGAACGUUCGCAAGGGCUCGGCAGCUGCGCUGGAUGUGCUGGCCCGUGAUUUUGGCGACGCCAUGUUUGAGUGCAUCAUGCCGUACCUGACCGUCAACUUGAAGCACCCCGACUGGCCACAGCGCGAGUCGGCCGUCUUGUCGCUCGGUGCCGUGGCAGAGGGCUGUAUCACGGCCGUCACCCCGCACCUGCCGAACCUCGUCCCGUACCUGGUCACGCUCCUGGACGACCCGGAGCCCCUUGUGCGCCAGAUCACCUGCUGGACUCUAGCCCGGUACUCGCAGUGGGCCAUCGAGCUGACCGAACCUGCCCAGACUGCCAGCUAUUUUGUGCCAAUGAUGGAGGGUUUCCUGACGAAGAUGCUCGACAAGAACAAGAAGGUGCAGGAGGCUGCUGCGUCGGCCAUGGCGACGCUCGAGGAGAAGGCCGGCAAGAAACUCGAGCCGUACGCUGGUCCCAUCAUCAAGCAAUAUAUCAAAUGCUUUGAGAAGUACAAGGACCGCAACAUGUACAUUCUGUACGAUUGUGUCCAGACCCUGGCGGAAGCCAUUGGCCCUGUUCUGGCCCUUCCUGAGCUGUCGGGUGAGCUGAUUCCGGCUCUGUUUAAGCGCUACGACAGUGUACCCGACCAGUCGCGUGAGCUCUUCCCACUCCUCGAGUGCUUCUCUUAUGUGGCGAUGUCUCUUGGUAUAGUGUUUGCUCCCUACGCGCAGCCUGUCUUCCGCCGAUGUGUCAACAUCAUCCACCAGAACCUGGAACAGUCCCUGGCAGCAGCCAGCAACGCACAUCUCGAUAGCCCUGACAAGGAUUUCCUUGUCACGAGUCUGGACCUGAUCAGCGCCAUCAUCCAGGCCCUCACAGAAGAGAAGGCCUCGAUGCUCGUGACUGACACUCAGCCGGCCUUUUUCGAGCUGCUCAGCUUCUGCCUGGAGGAUCCCACUGACGAGGUGCGCCAAUCGGCCUAUGCCGUGCUGGGCGACUGCGCCAAGUUUGUCUUCCCUCAGCUGCAGCCGUGCCUGAACACGAUUCUGCCCAUUCUGCUCAAGCAGCUUGACAUGGACAGCAUUUUGGACGAAGAGAUCGACGCGGGCUUCAGUGUCAUUAACAAUGCAUGCUGGAGCGUCGGAGAGAUUGCUAUUCGUCAUGGCAAGGGAAUGGCACCAUACACAGAGGAACUGCUGAAGAGCUGUGUCGAGAUCAUCACCAACCCCCGCGUGCCUCGCGGUGUCAACGAGAACGCCGCCAUUGCGCUUGGCCGCCUUGGACUGGCCAGUGCCGAGGCCCUGGCUCCCCACUUGCACACCUUUGCGGACGAGUUCCUAAUCUCCAUGGACGACAUCGACCCGACCGAAGAGAAAGCCACCGCCCUGCGUGGUUUCACUCUUGUGGUUGCACAAAACCCGCAGGCGAUGGAGAAGGUUCUGCUGCACUACUUUAAAACGAUUGCAACGUACGAGGACAUCAACCUCCGCAGCCCCAUCAAGCAAGAGCUGCACGCAGCCUUCCAAAAUAUCAUCCUGGUCUACCGGCAGAUGAUCCCACAGCUCGACACGUUCCUGGCCCAGCUGACGACUGAGGAGCAAACUGCGUUGAAAACCCAGUACCGCAUCUGA